AUGGAGGUCCCGGGGCACGGCGCGCGGCUGCUCGGCCGCCUGCGGCAGCAGCGCCAGCAGGGCUUCCUGUGCGACUGCACCGUGCUGGUGGGCGCCGCGCGCUUCCCGGCCCACCGCGCCGUGCUGGCCGCCUGCAGCGUCCACUUCCAUCUCUUCUACAGGGACCGGCCCGCCGGCAGCCGCGACGCGGUGCGGCUCAACGGCGACGUGGUCACGGCGCCCGCCUUCGGCCGCCUGCUGGACUUCAUGUACGAGGGCCGCCUGGACCUGCGCGGCCUGCCGGUGGAGGACGUCCUGGCCGCCGCCAGCUACCUGCACAUGUACGACGUCGUCAAGGUCUGCAGGGGCCGGCUCCGGGCCGAGGGGCGCGCGCCGCCGCGGGGGGAGCCGGAGCCGCCAGCCCGCGCCCCGCCUCUGUCUCGGGGUUCGCGCUGUUUCGUUUCUUCCUUUUGGCGGCUCGGGCUUCGGCGGCGGGCGCCGGGGCGCUCCCUCGUUCGUCCGCUGCUGUGCCCGCUGUGCAGCAAGCUGUUGCCCGGCGCGCACGUGCUGCAGGGGCACCUGAGCGCCCACUUCCGCGAGCGGGAGGGCCCCCGGGCGCGGCUGUCCCCCGACGGCCCGGCGCCCACCUGCCCGCUCUGCGGCAAGACCUUCUCCUGCGCCUACACGCUCAAGAGGCACGAGCGCACGCACUCGGGCGAGAAGCCCUACACGUGCGUGCAGUGCGGCAAGGGCUUCCAGUACUCGCACAACCUGAGCCGCCACGCCGUGGUGCACACGCGCGAGAAGCCGCACGCCUGCCGCUGGUGCGAGCGCCGCUUCACGCAGUCCGGGGACCUCUACCGCCACGUCCGGAAGUUCCACUGCGGCCUGGUCAAGUCCCUGCUGCUGUGACCUGUCCCCAGGCAGGGCGGGGCCUCGCAGGCGGACCCUUGGGGUGGAGGCCGCGGGAGGGGAGCUGGGGAGCGGGAGGCGCCCCUGUGCCGCGCUCCCAGCAGAGGGACCGCUGCUGCCCCCACCGCGGGCGGCUCAGAGCUGGGGUCACCCUCCUGCUGCCUCGCUCCUCCCCCACCCUCGGGCGGACUCCUGCUCCCAGCUGUGCCCUGACCUUGAGCACUGUCUUCCUCUCCAUCCCUCCAGCCAGUGUCCCCUCUGUCACCUCCAGGGGGUGUCCCGAGGGCCCUGAGCCCCGGCCCAGGCUCCUUGGCUUCAGAACGCGCUGUCGUCCUCCCACGGGGGGGCUUUCCUGACCACCUCCCUGACUCACUCGGGCCUUCCCUUGUGAGCCUGGCACCGUGCUUGGUAGGGAAGGCACACAUCGCAGAAGCUGUCAGCGUGUCCCAAAAAGGGCACUCGGGUGGAACAGGCCGCUCCUGGUGGGUGGCAGCAGGAGCCUCCCGGGGAGGCGGGCGGCAGGGCGCAGAGGCAGAACCAGAACCAGCCGGAAGCUGAGUGGCUCUUGAGUUCCAGGUGCUGGCGUGGGACGUGGGUCCCCCAGGGCUCGGAUCCUGACCACACUUCAAUUCCGUCCGUGAGAGGAAGUCGCAAUUUGGAAAUGAUUCUCUUCAGACGCGGAGAGCUUCCCCUCCCCGAGGUUGCCAGAUGUCUGCCCGCAGGCGUCGGGCCGAUGGGCCGUGCUGCCUCCCUGCCUGAGCACAGGGUCCGGGUGCCUCUGAGCACCCCGGGCGGCAGGGGCGGGGGGGGGGGGGGGCUUGGGUCUCGCAGGCUGCUACUGGGCUGCUGUGGGCCUCACCCUGACGUCGCUGGUUUGCCUGCCUCCCUGCUGCGGGUCAUUUCCAAAUGCUGCUCUCUACUCGGGUGAUGUUUGCGGGCUUUCCCUUCCCUCCAGCGGGGCUGGGUGACAGCAGCCAUCCAGCAAGGAGGCGAUCAGCUCCUGCCGGCCUGGGGUCACAGCCCCCCGCUAUCACCCACAGCUUCUGGAAGGGAGUGACCUCUGCAUUUGCAGUUGGUGGCGGUCACCCAGCAGAUCUUGCUGCCACAAUCUCUGUGAUUAAGACAAGGGGAGAGGGCAGGCGGGGGCUUGUCCCAGCUCCUGGGGGUCUUGCCGGCGACAGAGCGCCCCUGGACUCCUGGUAUCCACCAACUGGAGGCACUGAGGACAGAGUCCAGCCCAGUUUAAGUUAUUUUCUCGUCUCCUGGCAACACUUGAUGUCAUAUUUAUUUGUCUGCCUGGUCUGGAGUGGAAUGACCGGCGGCCUCACAGCAGGUGCACAGAAGGGGCUGGCUCCCUGCGCGCCCUCGGCUCCCCUGCUGUGUGGGCAGCCCACCCUGCGUGGCAGGGCCUCUCCUGGUGCGUGGGGCUCAGAGGCCCUGGACCGGCUGCAGACCAGAGAGCGCCGGGCAGGGGAUGCCCUGGCGCUCAGCCCACACCUCUGGAAGGGCUGCUGGUACCUCGCACUCUGUCCUGUACUCCGUGGCCAGGUGUUCCUGUGUGUGCGUGUGUGUGUGUGUGUGUGUGUGUGUCCAGCGAAUGCCGAGGCCGAGCCAUGCCCACCGCCCCAGCGGGCAGCAGGGAGACGUGGCGGCGGCCCUGGUUUUCCCCGGGGGUUCCAUGGGGAACUCUCCCGUCCUGACUUAUCAACACUGGAUUCAUUGUCUUCUGCAGUUACUGUGAAGUUAAUGUAAAGGGAAGUGGUUAGUUUUUAACUUGAGAACCCACACAGUCCAGACGAAAUCUCUAUUUAUGUAUUUAACGCACACAGUGCGUGGGCACGCGUGGUAGAGGCGCGCGGAGAUGCAGCCCGAGGAGAGCCUGCCGUGCGGGGGCCUCGGGGCCGGCCCGCCCCGUGUCCACGGCCUGGGCUGGGCAGCUCCCAGGGACCCGGGGACACUUGCUUGUGCUCAGCGCUCGGCGGGCGGUUUUGUUUGCACGCGCCCGCCUGCCACGGCAGUCUGGAAGGGAGGGCUGUCUUCCUGUGUUCACAUCAUCGUCUUCAUGACAGUGCUAAUAAAGUCCACCCCAGGUGGAGGUGGCCGGGAUUA